AUGAACAUAUUCUACGUCUUCGAUGAGUGUGCGGAUAUCGCGGACAAAGAGGGGGCGUCACAAAUUCGGGACGUCGUUAUGGACGACCUUCACCGUCCUGAGAAGACUUGUCCUGGAGGAGAAAUUCUGCCUGGUGAGAUGGUGAAGUACGUCCUUCUGCUCUGCCCUGAAAUUCCUGAAACUUACUACAAUACGAAAUCUUUUGGGUUCGCACCUCAAUCGUCGUCACCCCAACCGCACAUUGUCUGCGCCACUUUAUCCAGGAUUUCGAUGCCUACACAGCAGCAGUGGUUCAACGUGAAGCGGACGAUCGGACCCAACGUGUUUCUCGCACGUUCCGCGACUGUCCUUCCAUACGCCGAGACUCAUACUUUCUACCAUCCCAGGAUGAUUGCCCUUCGCGAACAAGCCCCUUUUCUGGACAUUAAUUCAUACCCCAUGAAGGUCCGGGGUCUCGUUCAGGGCUCUAUCAACUGGCUCGAAGGUUAUGCGGCUGGAGUUCAAGCCGCCUUCCUCGACAACAUCGCAAAUCUGCCCUCAUGCGCCAAAGAGGUCGAAAGCCGCGUGAAUAUCUAUGUCAACGAACUGGCUCAGUGGGCCCGUGGCAAUGACGAUUGGACGUUCGAGAGUGGGCGCUAUUUUGGCGACAGAGGUCCAGAAAACCAGAGUGAUAUCCCUACUUCCUCGAACAGGUAG